GCUCCACAUCACGCAGUUUCGCCUUCACUUCAUCUGGCUCGCUCUUCCAGCAGCCAUCACUUUCGCGCUCAUUGCAGCACAUCUCGCUGCCAGCUGCGCCUCAACACGCCGCAUGUCCGAGCCCUCGACGUCCGCCUCGCCUGCCGCAUCCUCUUCCUCCUCAGCGCCGCAGCGCGGCAACGACGCGCAGCGCGCCCACAACGCCCGCGCCCAGCACGGCAACUUCCAUGCCUACUACCACAUCCGCGCCGCUCCUGCUGUGCCUGAUGCCGCGGUAGCCGCAGCAUCGGCGGCGGCAGGCGAUCCGCGCGUGCCGCUCAUCCUCGAGGAGCUGCAGCGGCAGCGCGGCGAGAGGCAGUGGCCGCUGCGCCUGCUGGACGUCGGCUGCAACGCUGGCAAGAUGACCUUCGCUCUUGCUACUGCUCUGCCGCAGGCUGAGCACGUGCUGGGCGUCGACAUCGAUGCCGCCCUCAUCACCUUAGCCCAGGCGCAGGUGCGGCGCUUGCAGCGGGGCAGCGCAGCGCGGCCACCGCAGGAACCGCCCGAGGCGAAGCGUGCCAAGCACGAAACUACGCCUACGCUGCAGUUCGAGCCGUGCGACUGGCCGCGAGCGCGCUUGGACCUCGCCGAUGCCGAGAGGCAUGUGCAGCUGCUCAGCAAACCACCCGAUGGCGUGGAGGAGGACGCGGCGCGCAGAGCCCGCGAGACGCAGGUGCGAGGCAAGGCUCGUGAGGUGAAAACGCUGCAGCGUGUGCUGCAGCAGGACGAGAGCGGCUGGGACUGCUUGCUGGCGCUCUCGUUGACGAAGUGGGUGCAUCUUCAGCACCACGACAUCGGGCUGCUACACUUCCUUGCGCGUCUCGCCAGCUCUCUGCGGCCGCUCGGUGUGCUGGUGCUCGAGGCGCAGCCCUGGGCGUCGUAUGAGCAGGCACGCCGCGUCAUUGGCGCCGAGGGCCGCCGCCGGCACGCCUCAUUGCGCCUGCGGCCUGAUGACUUCGAGUGGUGGCUGGCGGCGCUUGGUCUUGAGGGCCCCCAACGACUCGGCAGUACAGCUGGCUAUGGUGAGUCUACCUUCUCAGCCUAAAUGCUGCGUGCAAGCUCCACCAUUAACAUUCCGCUGCGACAGGCUUCCAGCGUGCCCUCGAGGUGUACAUUCAGCCCGCCGAGCC